AUGACGCUAGAACAAGCACAUCCAGACGUGGCUCUUCCUUUGGUCGUACAUUCCGUGGCUACUUACGUUCCUUCAUCUACGCGCAUACUUGUCAUUGGUGACGUACAUGGCUGUUUUGAUGAGCUUCAAUUGCUGCUUCAAGAGUGCAAUUUUUCUCCUCCCAGUGACCGCCUCGUGUUUGUAGGAGAUCUGGUCAACAAAGGCCCUAAAUCACUGGAUGUUGUGCGCUUUGUACGUGAUUCUAACUCACUCUGUGUCCGUGGUAAUCACGAAGAUGCAGCUCUAAGUGCAUACUUUAAGUGGGUCCACGCUGGACGCGUUCCUGGCACAGCCAAGUAUUCAUACGUGGAGCUCUUUCAAGCCGACGACGUCAAGUUUCUCCAGCAGCUGCCGUUUUCAUUGUCAUUGCCAAAUCAUGGUGAUGCCAUUGUAGUGCAUGCUGGAGUGGUACCAGACAUUGAACUGAAGGAUCAGCGACCUUUUGAUUUGUACAAGAUGCGCUUCGUGCAACGUGAGAAAGCGGAGGAUGAGAAUUCAAAGUGGAAGGCAUUGGAAAAGAAAAAAUUCAUGAGUGAAGAGGGUGGCAGACCAACGAUGUGGGCCAAGGUGUGGAAAGGGCCCAGGCACGUAUACUUUGGACAUGCAGCGGCUGUUGGACUGCAACAAGAGAGCUUUGCUACGGGUUUAGACACAGGCUGCUGCUAUGGACGGAAGCUUACGGCAUGCAUUAUUCCGUCAAACAAGUUGGUACAUGUGGACGCAAAGAAACCAUACGAAGUGCCGAGUGAUGACAAAAACUGA